UGAAUGUGAAAACGAACUCAAUGGAGGCUGUGUCCAUGACUGUUUGAAUAUUCCAGGCAAUUAUCGCUGCACUUGUUUUGACGGCUUCAUGUUGGCUCAUGAUGGUCAUAAUUGUCUUGAUGUGGACGAGUGCCUGGACAACAAUGGCGGCUGCCAGCACACCUGUGUCAACGUCAUGGGGAGCUACGAGUGCCGCUGCAAGGAGGGGUUUUUCCUGAGUGACAAUCAGCACACGUGCAUUCACCGCUCAGAAGUGACCUGUAACCAUGGAAACGGCGGGUGCCAGCACUCCUGUGAGGACACGGCUGAAGGCCCAGAGUGUAGCUGCCAUCCACAGUACAAGAUGCAUGCAGAUGGGAGGAGCUGCCUCGAGCGAGAGGACCCUGCCCUGGAGGUGACGGAGAGCAAUGCCACAUUAGUGGCAGAUGGGGAUAAACGGGUGAAACGGCGGCUGCUCAUGGAAACCUGUGCUGUCAACAAUGGAGGCUGCGAUCGCACCUGUAAGGAUACUUCGACAGGUGUUCAUUGUAGUUGUCCUGUUGGAUUCACUCUCCAGUUGGAUGGGAAGACCUGUAAAGAUAUUGAUGAGUGCCAGACCUGCAACGGAGGUUGUGAUCAUUUCUGCAAAAACACCGUGGGCAGUUUUGACUGCAGCUGCAAAAAGGGAUUUAAAUUAUUAACAGAUGAGAAGUCUUGCCAAGAUGUGGACGAAUGCUCUUUGGAUAGGACCUGUGACCACAGCUGCAUCAACCACCCUGGCACAUUCACAUGUGCUUGCAACAAAGGGUACACCCUCUAUGGCUUUACCCAUUGUGGAGACACCAAUGAGUGCAGCAUCAACAAUGGAGGCUGUCAGCAGGUCUGUGUGAACACAGUGGGCAGCUACGAAUGCCAAUGCCACUCUGCAUACAAGCUCCACUGGAAUAAAAAAGACUGUGUGGAAGUGAAGGGGGUCCUGUCCACUAGUGUAUCACCCCACGUGUCCCUGCAUUGCAGUAAGAGUGGUGGAGGAGACAGGUGCGUCCUCAGAUGUCACUCUGGCAUUCAUCUCUCUUCAGGACUGCAAGAGGCCUACUCUGUCACGUGCGGCUCUUCCUCUCCUCUCAGGAGCAAACAGCAAAAAUCAAAUGACUCUGCUUUUGGGGAUGUCGCCACCGUCAGGACAAGUGUAACCUUUAAGCUAAAUGAAGGCAAGUGUAGUUUGAAAAAGGCUGAGCUGUUUCCUGAGGGUCUGCGACCAGCACUACCAGAGAAGCACAGCUCAGUAAAAGAGAGCUUCCGCUACGCAAACCUUACAUGCAGCUCCGGCAAGCAAGUCCCGGGAGCCCCUGGCCGACCGAGCGCCACUAAGGAAAUGUUUAUCACUGUUGAGUUUGAGCUUGAAACUAACCAAAAGGAGGUGACAGCAUCUUGCGAUCUAAGCUGUCUCGUAAAGCGAACCGAGAAGCGGCUCCGGAAAGCCAUCCGCACGCUCCGGAAGGCUGCCCACAGGGAGCAGUUUCACCUCCAGCUCUCAGGCAUGGACCUGGAAGUGGCUAAAAAGUCUCCUAGAACAUCUGAACGCCGGGUGGAGUCCUGUGGAGUGGGCCAGGGCCACGUAGGAAACCAAUGUGUCAGUUGCAGGGCUGGGACAUAUUAUGAUGGAGCACAAGAACGCUGCAUUUUAUGUCCAAAUGGAACCUUCCAAAAUGAGGAAGGACAAAUCACAUGCGAACCGUGCCCAAGACCAGAAAAUCCUGGGGCCCUGAAGACCCCAGAAGCUUGGAAUGUGUCUGACUGUGGAGGUCUGUGCCAACCUGGUGAAUAUUCUGCAGAUGGCUUUACACCCUGCCAGCCCUGUGUCCUGGGCACAUUCCAGCCUGAAGCCGGCCGUACUUCCUGCUUCCCUUGUGGAGGAGGCCUCCCCACCAAACACCUGGGAGCCACUUCCUUUCAGGACUGUGAAACCAGAGUUCAGUGUUCCCCUGGACAUUUCUACAACACCACCACUCACCGAUGUAUUCGUUGCCCAGCAGGAACAUAUCAGCCUGAAUUUGGAAAAAAUAGUUGUGUUUCUUGCCCAGGAAAUACUAUGACUGACUUUGAUGGCUCCACAAACAUAACCCAGUGUAAAAACAGAAGAUGUGGAGGGGAGCUGGGCGAUUUCACCGGAUACAUCGAAUCCCCAAACUACCCAGGCAAUUACCCAGCCAACACCGAGUGUACAUGGACCAUCAACCCACCCCCCAAGCGCCGCAUCUUGAUUGUGGUCCCUGAGAUCUUCCUGCCCAUAGAGGACGACUGUGGAGACUACCUGGUGAUGCGGAAAACCUCGUCAUCCAAUUCUGUGACAACAUAUGAAACCUGCCAGACCUACGAACGCCCCAUCGCCUUCACCUCCAGAUCAAAGAAGCUGUGGAUUCAGUUUAAGUCCAAUGAAGGGAACAGUGCCAGAGGGUUCCAGGUCCCAUACGUGACGUAUGAUGAGGACUACCAGGAACUCAUUGAAGACAUAGUUCGAGACGGCAGGCUCUAUGCAUCUGAGAAUCAUCAGGAGAUACUGAAGGAUAAGAAACUGAUCAAGGCUCUGUUUGAUGUCCUGGCGCACCCCCAGAACUAUUUCAAGUACACGGCCCAGGAGUCCCGGGAGAUGUUUCCAAGAUCUUUCAUCCGAUUGCUACGUUCCAAAGUGUCCAGGUUUUUGAGGCCUUACAAAUGAGUCUGCCCACAUGCCACUCAGUACACUGUUCAGCCUGUGGGCUGGUGGGAUGCAGCCAUCUGCUUCUGCUGCCAGCAUAGUCGGAUAUCGCUGCCUCCAAUAGCAGUGACUCGUUAGAGUUCAAUUUUUAUAGAUAAUACAGAUAUUUUGGUAAAUUGAA